AACGACUGUCUGCAAACAGUGUUAAACUAGAACGACUCAUUCUCAUAUCUCCUAAUUCUUUUAGGAUCUGAUUUGACUUUCAUUCAAAUCGGACACCAAAUCUCGCUGGGAUUUAUCAUCACAACUCCGACGCGCACACCAAAUUCGACAUCCGCCUUCGACGCAGCUACUCCUUUUCCACUCCACACCUGACGAAUUUCCACCCGCUCAUUCGGCCUUGGAAUUGAUUAAUCAACUGGUGCGAUCCGAUAUCUAUAAAGUAUACGAGGCAUUUCGCUGGGCAGCUUGCUAUAUUUAUUGCGCAUAUAAUUUCAACUGGGUAAACGCAAAGAUGCCAACCAUGUGGCUGUCCGAAAACCAAAAGGUCGGUGUGAUCUUUUGCUCUGGUGGAGCUCUAUUCCUGUUUGGCGGAGUAGUUAUGUUCUUUGAUCGUUCGCUGCUUGCCAUGGGAAAUAUCUUGUUCCUUAUCGGAUUGACUCUCAUCAUCGGACUCGAAAAAACAAUUGCCUUCUUCUCCCGCCGUCAAAAGCUCAAGGGCACCGUUGCUUUCGCAUCUGGCAUUCUUCUCAUUCUCCUGCGCUGGCCUCUGACUGGCUUCCUCAUCGAGCUGUACGGUCUCUUCAUACUCUUUGGCGACUUCUUAAUCACCAUCGGCCAAUUUGCUGGGAAUAUCCCCGUCGUGGGUCCAUACAUCCAGCGAGCCCUUGAGAUAUUGGCUGGCGGUAGAAGCAACGCAGAACUGCCGGUAUAGUCGUUGUUAUCGUUGCACAAAAGUUUGCAUUAGCCCCUGCAUGAGUUUUUUGGCGCAAAAAGAGACGAGACUUUGAAAUUUUAAUGUGUAUGGAUACGCGAACCCUUAUGAGGCCUGGUCAGACGGCUACGGAUUGAUUUGUUACUAUAUUUGAUAUCUUGGUCUUAUGCCUCUGCUCACCAGGUCUCAAAUGGGAAACUGUUGUGUUAAAUGUACGAGUUGACGUGAUAUGUGCUAGAGUUUUGUAAUUACUAAUGGCUGCUUUCUUUUGUUGUUAGUCUCAUUCUAUUCGAAGUAGCAUGGUGACAUCCCAGCUGAUGAUUGUCUCAUCCGCAGCAAGAUGUCACCAAAACUUGAUGAUAUGCCAAAUGAUUAUCCGAGCUAUAAUCGAAUUCCAUAUUUUAUUUCAGCUUUGGUGCGGUUCAUUAAAUGGUUUUGAAAAGUUGUACUGUGAUCAGUACCUAUUGAACAUAUCUAC